AUGCCAUUGUUUGGAAGUGGGCGGGAAAAGACGCCGAGGCGGCUGGUUGAGCGUAUCAAGGCGGCACGAGCCUCGCACAAGCUCAGCCUCAGCGACGAGCGGCUGGACGAGCUCCCGCGCGAGGUCUUCAAGUCGGGCCUUCCGCUCCUCUCCAAGAUUCCGACUUCGCUAGGGAAACUGACUGCGCUCACCAUACUCGACCUCUCGCGCAACGACAUCAAGGUCUUGCCGGACGUCUUUGCUCCCAUGGAUGCUCUCACCCGGCUCAACGUCUCGAGCAACGCGCUCACCGCUCUGCCCGACUCGAUCGGCAAGCUCGGCAAGCUCAACUUUUUCAAUGCCUCGGAAAACUCGCUGGCCUCGCUGCCGAGCUCGAUCUCGGGCCUGACCUCGCUCAAGGAGCUCGAACUGACGCGCAAUGCUCUCGCCGCCCUACCGCCAGCUAUCGCCAAGCUCACCUCGUUGCGGCUGCUGGACCUCGGCCACAAUGAGCUCGUCGAGCUCCCGGCAUGCAUUGGCGCGCUAGUCUCGCUCAAGGAUCUCUCGGUCAAGCACAACAAGCUCACCGCGCUUCCGCUGGAGCUCGGCAAGCUCCGCGAUCUUCGAAUCCUCAACGUCAACUCAAAUGAGCUCGACGAGCUCCCGCCGGAGCUGGCCAAGCUCCGCGGCACACUCGCCAUCAUCGACUUUCAGGGCAAUCCGCUCGCUGCUAUGCCGCCGCACAUCCGCACCAUGCCAACCACUGGCCUGCUGCACUACCUCGACAACCCCGACUCUGACCUGUUGGUCGUCCCGGGCACGCUCCUCUCGCCCACCAACCGCAUCGUCGGCCAGCCGUCGCAGGCCUCUGAUGGCCCGCUUGAGACCAUCGCCACGGUUCACCGUGAUGGAUCGACCGACCCUGAUGCCACACGCUUCUUCGACAACCUCUCCAACUUUCACCUACCGGCCAACUGCAGAGCAUCGUCGUCAUCGUCGCGAUCGCGCUCCUCCUCGCCCGAGUAUGAGUACGAGUACGCCGAGCUCGAGCCCGAGCAUGCUCUUGCGCUGGCCGCCGACGCCGACGCCGACGCCGACGAGUCGGGCGACUCGCUCGUCUCCGGCGACUCGACGCCUCGCACGCCGCCGCCAGAGCUGGCCUCGCGCGCUGAUGUCCUCUUCUCGGUUGAAUCCGAGCUGGACAACGUCCGCCCACUGGUCCUAGAGUCCGGCCAGGAUCCGCCCGAUCACGUGGUGGUGAGCGCCGGUGCCGCCGGAGGCAUCGACCGCGCCGAAACGCUUUCGCGCAUUUCGGCCGCGUUCGAGGCUGCGCGCGUGACGCCGGACAUCGGGCUUGACGUUGGCAUCAACCCUGGUCCCGCGCCGCCUACAAUGGCGACGUCUGUGACAGCUGCAGCCGAGCCGCGAGUUCCGCGGCCGAGCGCGUUUGGCCCGCGCCAGUCGAUCCUGCGCGCUCCGCUGGCAUCGCGACCGCUCCGCGGCUCCAACACGCUGCUGUCGUCGACGCUUCGCUCGCCGGGAGGGCGGCGCGGGAUCCAGUCGGCGGUCCUCCCGCGCGAGACGCCCGAUUUUCUUCCGUCUUUUGGCACCGGCGCACUCGUCUUUCCUACCCGCGGCUCUUCGCCGCCGCCGCGUGCAUCGCCGCUGAGUCGAGCCACGCCGGCCGGUGCUGCGCCGCCAGCCGCCAGCUCGCCAGCCCGCCAGCCGCAGCUCCUCUCAGCAUCGCUUGGAGCCCGGCCCGAGUACGGCCAGCGGCUGUCGAUGGCCAUCGAGCCGCAGGUCACUGAGUUCUUUGCCUCGGGCCGUCAUCACACCCCUGCCACCGCCGACACCCUUCGCUCGACGAACGCCUUUCUCCGCUCGGCGCCGUCGUCCGCCGCCGGGCUGAGCAAGACGGCCUCGGCCCGCGCGCCGGCCCCGUCCGCCGGUCGAUGGUCCCGGCCCUCGCCUGCCACCGCCACCGCCGCCCCAUCGCCUCUCUCGCGCCGUCCCACCCGCGCCGAUUCCUAUCUCGCCCGCUACCACGAGCUCACUCGAUCCCUGUCCUAA